CAGAAUUGCCCCCGUGCCCUGUCCCCGGCCCCACAUGGACCUCCUGGUGGAGGAGGGGGCUGAGGGACCACUGGAGGGGAGCCCCGAGGCUGAGGAGCCCGAGGGGCCGCAGCAGCCGGCGGGGCGGUGGUCGCAGGCCGAGGUGGGCUCCUGGCUGGCGGCUCACGGCGGGGCGGAGGCGCUGGCUCGGGAACACGCUCUGACGGGCCGAGCGCUGCUGCGCCUGACCGAGGGCUCCCUGCGGCGCAUGGGGGUCGCCCCGCGCAGCCGGCGCCGGGAGCUGCUGCGGGAGCUGCUGCGGCUGCGGCUGCAGCAGGAGAUGCGGGAGCUGCGGAGCAUCGCUGGCGAGUGAAGAUGAUGUCCCUGAGGAUGUCACAGAGCCUGUGGGAGCAGAGGACAUGGAGUGCAAGGACAAAGCAGCUGGGACUGAGCAACACACGCAGGAAUAGUGCUGGAGGAGCCCUGAGACCACCGUGACCCCCUCCCGAAAAAUCCGGAUCCUGCCCAGUGCAGGAGUUGAUAAGGACAGCAGAAGCAAAAUUUGAUCCACGAGGCUGGGAAGUUAUCCCAGCCAGGCAGAAAGUAGUUCUAGAGCUGAUCUUGUGUGAAACAGGGGAUCACAAACACUCACUGGAGUGCUGAAAAACUUUGAAAACGUCCGCAAAAAUCUGUAAUCGGGUCUAAAGCGGCUCAGGUUGUGCAAUCAAGAAUCCAACGAAGCGUAGUUCGCUAAAGAAAUGACCCAAACGAGGCGGACAAAAUAACGCUGGGAGCCAUAAAAUCUGGAAAUGUUCUGGGUGAGCAUUGGCAGAUUGAUUUUACUGAGUUGCCCGGACAAGGGAGGUGUAAAUCCCUUGUGGUUCUGGUGGAUUCCUUUUCUGGGAGGCCAGAAGCCUUCCCUUGUCACACCAACCAGGUGAGGGGAGUGACUGAAGAACCAAAUAACACCUGGAUUGGGGGUACCUUUGAUGCCUUGAGAAGGCUGGCCUGGAAAAGAGACUGGACAGUGCUAAGAGGAUAAAGCAGGUAUUUAUUGCAUUUAAAGAAUCCACCUUGGGCAGUACAAGAGCCUGGCAAGGUCUACACCCCAGGUAGACCCAAAACGGUCACAAAAUGGUCACAAAAUGGUCACAAAAUGGUCACAAAAUGGUCACAAAAUGGUCACAAAAUGGACACAAAAUGGUCACAAAAUGGUCACAAAAUGGACACCUGGUCACGAGGUCUCACACUUUUAUAAGUUUUGGUCCAUUUACAUGUUGGGGUUUAAUCGUCCAAUUACACCUUCAGAUUAUGCAGUCCCACCCUUCUUGUUUUCUCUCUUCAGCCCACUGUUGUUUGUGCUUUUGGGCCUGAAAACUUGUAACUGUUGUGCUUGGUCUUCAGCAGGAAAAGGAUUUAUUUUGUCCACCUACCCCGUGAAGAGAGUUUAAUGGCACGUAAUAUGAGGCUCAGAACUGCACCCCUAGGCAGCUCAGAAUCUGAAAAACAUGAAAGUUAAAACUUAAGGCACCCUCUUUGGGAAUGUCAUCAGAGAGAGGUUCCCGCGUUGCUGCAGAAAUGAUACAACAGCUUAGGAAAGCCUUGAGAGUAGCUUGUGAUCUUCACUCAUGAUAACGCCCAAAGCAGUGGCCAAGUGGAGGGAGUGACUCAUACAAAUUGGGUAAAAUAUGCCAGGAAACCUCCUUGACCUGGGUCCAAGCCUUAUCCGUUGCUCUAUUCCAAAGAAUUCAGCUGUGUUCAGCGAAAUCAGCCCCCGUGAGCUGCUCUGUGGUCGACCCUACCAAGUGCCACACUCCAGGAAACACACGUGCUAAAAGGAGGGGUCGGUUUGAGUAAUUACCUCAUUUCUCUCAGUAAAACCUCACGGGAUCUGCAGCAGGCAGUGAUCUCCAGACUGACGUGAUCGGGUUGGCCAAGGCCUGAAUUCCAGCCAGGAGAUUGGGUCUGACUGAGUGAGUGGGGAGCUGCUCCGCUGCAGCCAAAGUGGAAGGGGCCUUUCCGAGUACUGCUGACAACUCCUACAGCGUCGGAACUGGACGCAGUAAAAUCGCGGGUACGUUGUUCCAGGAUUAAAACAGAAUUAACGGGGCCAGAGCCCCUUGGGGAGAAGUCAAGAGCUUGCCACAAGCUGUUUUACAAAACCGAAUGGCGCCAGACCUUUUUUUAGCAUCCCAAGGAGGAAUGUGCACUGUCAUUAACUCCAGUUGCUGCGUGUUCAUCGAUCAAAGCGGUAGAGUGUCUACAGAUGUCCAGGAAAUCUGGAAACAACCCCAAAUUUUACAACGCACAGCCUCAAGUUGCCACUGCCUGGGGAUUUGAAGAAAACUUCCUCCGUGGGAACCCAGCUGGACUUGGUAAAACAUCUGUUUAUAAUCACUGCCAUCAUCAUUGCUGUAUGGAUUUAGCCUGCAUCAAGAUCCAGUGUUGUAGCUGUUUUGAUGCCUUACACUCCGAAAGGAAAUGGAAAUUUAAUUUAAGAGACUGACUCCCACAAGGAACUUUAAUCUCAAGGAAAGGGGGGGAUUAGACAAGGACAGAAGAACAGCACAGCCUUGGAGAAACAAAGGGUGUAACUCAGGCAAACAGAAGUCAUGAAAAAUGCGAGCAGGAUGCCAGCUCAGCCCUGCAAGGCUGACAAAGCAGAAGUUAUGCAAAACAAGGAUAUUGCCCUUGCUCGAAUGCAGGGGUCAAGGAACAUGCCCUGAAAAAGGACACUGGACGUUGGAGAGAGACCCCAAAGAAGCAUAUAAGGACUUCUGGUAAGGGGUGUGACUGUGUAAAAUAAAGUAAGUAGGGAUGAAUAUGCAAUCAGUGCGUAUGGUAAAAGCUCUGCUCAUCCAACACUCCUCAGACUCCAUCGGAGCAAGCGUCCCCCAAAUGAACCAGCGCUGCAAUAAAGAAUGGCUGCUUCCUAAUACUCAAAACUGUGUUACAAAGUUUCUCUCCGGCCGGUUUCAGUAUCGGUCUGGUGUGUUCUGCCGUGCAGAACUGCAAUCUCAGCCGGUUUUUCUACCGCUCCAAAUCAGUGUGAUAUUUGUGUCCCACAUCUGGGCGAUGUACCUUGUGCUGAUAACAGUCCACUCUCUCUCUCCAGGGCACGCACUACGCCAAAAGAAUCUGUCCAGAUGUCCACUUUCUUUCACUCAGUUCCAAUACGCACAUUAGAGCAACCAGUCCAUCCCUCUCCACUGAAGCAUCUAAUGCUGGAGCCUUGGAUUCAAUUAUCUCACUCAGGGUCACCACUGAGUAUCCAGACGUGUUUUCCACUGGAAACAAAGCUACUUCCAUCAGUGUACAGUUCCCAGUGCGAGUCCUCUAACGGGCCGUCCUUUAAAUCCAGCCAGCUGGAAUAAACUUCUUUGAUUGUUUGUUGC